CGCAACCACGGUCUUAUUAUAAUGUAGUUAUUGCCAAUGUCAAGUAGACAUUAAGUUAUGGAUCGUUUUCUUGAAUAAAAACAUCCGUUUGCAAGUUCUUUUAAAACCCCAACUUGUUGCAUAGACAGAAAUAUAUAUGUAAAGCAUAUCAAGAAGUAUAUCCAACUGUCCACACGUCAUUCGAAGAUCGACGAGACGACGAGUACAACGGCAGUAAAAAAAAUUAUUAGGUGGUAGUGUAGUGAUUUUGUGGUGAAAAUGCAAAUUCCAAAUGAAUAUGUUUCAACUGCGGAAGAUGUGGCAGACCAGGUGAUAAGAAAAGGUAAAAAUGUGCUGCCAACUGUUGCAAGACUGUGCCUCAUAUCCACAUUUCUCGAGGAUGGUCUCAGAAUGUGGUUCCAAUGGUCGGAGCAGAGAGAUUACAUGGACAUGUCCUGGGGCUGCGGAAAGUUCCUUGCCACUAUAUUUGUGAUAAUUAACUUAGUGGGGCAGCUGGGUGGCUGUGUCAUGGUACUUGGAAGGUUAAAGGUCGACAUCGCUUGCGGAGUUCUCUUCUUCAUUGUAGUUUUACAGACGUUCGCGUACAGCAUACUAUGGGACAUGCAGUUCCUUCUACGUAACUUGGCUCUGAUUGGAGCGUUACUGCUGGUAUUAGCAGAGGCGCGGGCGGAGGGCCGCAGCCUUUUCGCUGGAGUGCCGUCUCUGGGAGAGAACAAGCCUAAGACCUACCUGCAACUCGCUGGUCGCAUCCUGCUUGCCUUCAUGUUCAUCACUCUGCUUCGGUUUGAGGUGUCCUUCCUCCAGAUCGUUCAAGACCUCCUUGGAAGUAUUCUGAUGGUCCUGGUGACGGUCGGCUACCGUACGAAGCUGUCAGCUCUGAUGCUUGUGCUAGUGUUAACAGUUCUCAACCUGUACCACAACGCCUGGUGGCUAGUGCCUUCCUACAAACCACUCAGGGAUUUCUUGAAGUACGACUUUUUCCAGACACUGUCGGUGAUCGGCGGUCUCCUGAUGAUCGUGUACCUCGGGCCCGGUGGCGUCAGUAUGGACGAACACAAGAAAAAGUGGUAGAAGUGACCCGGACCUAGUCCGUAAACAGACUCUUGAUAUUAUCCUAUUAAGAUUGUUGACGGUGCGGUGUUUGUCUGUAAAUAAGCGAGUUCCAUGUGUCCGCUAUUUCAAUCAACGUUGACGAAAAAACGUUUAAUAUUGUUUUUGUUGAUUUAAAAAAAUAUACGACUAUUGUGUGUAUCCUCUUUGUGAAUUUAAUAACCUUUCAUUUUGAGUAGCAAAAACAUUAAUUGGACAUGAUCGUACAUUUUUAUAUCUUUUACAAAUCGCGACUUUCUUAAAUAUUCCUUUAAUCAUUUUUUUUUUUUAUAUAAAAUUUAUGAAGUAUUUUAUAAUCUCCUGCAAAUAUUAUAAAUUUCUACUUUAGAUAAAUUGCAGUAUAAGCUAAUUAAAUUCUUUGAUAUUGUAUAGAAUACAAACACGAAAUAUUAUUCAAUUUUAUGAAAUAAAUAUUCACAUAAUUUUUAAUGUCAUUUCUAUGUAUUUUUAAUAGUAGCUAUAAUGUAUUGACGAUUGUAUCUUAAAUUUACAAAAUGUGCACAAUUAUUCUUAAAGCUGUAUUGUUUUAUGUUCAAUGCCUAGUCUGUAUUUGGUUGUUAAAAUUCAUAUUACUUUAUUUUUAUAGCAAUCUGUCCAAUGAUAAAAUAAAUGAACGUUCAAAUUGCUUGAAAAGAGUGACAAGUCCGCUAUCUAUGUAGCGUCAAAUAUAGAAAUUUCAUUCCGAAUUAACAAAUUAUCUAACAAAUAUGUAAAUAUAAUAUUUGUACUUAUUGACUGAUCACUUGUAUAUUAAAAAUAACUUUAUUACAAUAUAAAAGUAUAUUUUAUAUCUUAAUUUAGCUCUAUUUGCUGUUUUGUCAAGUCUGUCCAGUUGUGCUUGUAACACAAGUGAACAGUAAUUCAUAUUUUAGUGCUCCUUUCUUCCUUGCAGAACUUCAUUAUUACAAAAUUAUAUUUAAAAAGACAAAUAUUUUUAUAGUAUUUUUUUUUUUAUUUAUUUUUAAGGUUCGCUCAUAAAGAAUAGUCAGAAUCAUAAGUGAAAUAUGCUCUAAAUAAAUAUGACAUCAUA